AUGACCCAGCUCAAAACCAUCGUGGUUGUAGGAGGGAGCUAUGCUGGAACAUAUCUGAUAGACCGUCUUGCGCCGCAAGUCCACAAGACGCACCAGAUUGUCCUCAUCCAGAAAAACUCGCAUAUGCACCACAUAUUUGCCUUUCCUCGAAUCAGUGUUGUUCAGGGCUUUGAGCAGAAAGCAUUCGUGCCAUACACCAACGCCUUUCAUGCUGCUCCCGCUCAGUCUACAACCAUUAUUCAAGGCAUUGUCAAGACCAUCAUGGCUGAUUGUGUUGUACUCGAAGACGGGCAAGACAUACCCUAUGAGUAUCUGGUCGUUGCAACAGGGACUGGCCGGCCGCCAUUGGCGUUGACCUCGAAGCUUGACGAAAUGCAAACAAGGAGGGUGUUGCAGCAGCGGAUUAAAGAAGCAAACGACGUUGUCGUCGUUGGAGGAGGGGCAUAUGGUCUGCAACUAGCUUUCGACGCGAAAGAGUUAUACCCAACGAAAAAUGUUACAUUAAUCCACUCCACGAUCCAGCUUAUGCCCCGAUUUCACCCUCGGCUCCAUGAAAUUGUCACCUCUCGUGCUACAGCACUGGGUAUUCGCCUAAUCUUUGCAGUAAUACGCCAUCAAAUAACACGGUCACGCAAGUCAGGGAGGGUCAGCGAAGGUCGGCGCCAAGUCGUCGACCAGGGUUAUCGAAGUCGCUGA